AAAUAAAUUAAGGCCAAAGACAAUACUUGGUUUUAGUAAUAAUACACAGUGCAAUUGUAAUCAAUAUUUAUUUUGGGUUCCUAAAUUAGCCCCCAGACACUCGGGAGUGGAUGAUGUAGAUUUCUGAUUGGUCAGAUAAUAAUAUUACAUAUAACCAAUCCAAAGCAAGUUUACCGGUGUAAUCAAACAAACCACACUAUUUGCUGCUAGAUAGGUUCUGCUUUUUUUAGCUCAUCAGUGAUAUAAAAGGAAUUAAUUUUUGCCAGUUCUCGGACUACUUGCAUUUACUGCAUUUACAUCUCAGUGGUUUUUGUAGCCUGUUCUAAGAUUGCGAAAGCUUUGUCCUUAUUUUAGCAACCGACGAUCAGAAUGAAUUCAAUGAAGCACACCUCCCGGUUGAUAAAGACGGUCACAGACGUCUUGACAUGCCAGACUAAGCGAACGGUCACUAGCAAGUCUUUCAACACAAGAAACGUUACUGGAGUCGCUGCACAAAGCAGGACACGCACCACUUUAGUUCAAGAGAAAGACGCAGAACAAAGGUCAUUAGCACAAGCAGCCUACUACGAUGAAGGGUUACGCAUGCUUCACGAGCAUCAACGUACAUCACCUUCUUUGAACGACCUCGAAGACAACUACGGCCCAGAGAUGUAUGCGAAGAAUUGCGAAAACUUUAUCGGUACCGUUAAAGUUCCAACAGGGCUUGUGUCAAUCAAGGUUAACGGGAAGCAUGCCAAUGGCAUAUACACUGUACCAAUGGCAACUACUGAAGGUGCGCUGGUAGCUUCGUACAACAGGGGUACCAAGGUGAUCAAUGAAGCAGGGGGAGCAAACGUCGCGUUCAUCCGUCAAAGGAUAAUCAGAGCCCCUGUUUUUGAGUUCAACACCGUGGAGGAAGCUACCAUGUUCCAGGAGUUUUACGAACAGCCGGACACUUUUGUGCUGAUAAAAUCAAUUGCGGAGAAGACCACUCGCCAUGGCAAACUUCAUAAAGUUCAGUGUAACGUGCACGGUACUACAGUACACACAAGAAUGAGCUACUCAAGUGGAGAUGCUUCUGGACAAAACAUGGUUACGUUCGCUUCUGAGCCCGUCUGCAAAUGGUUACACGCUAAUGCACCAGUCACGCCAACGGCUUGGUACAUCGAUUGUGGACACUCAUUGGACAAGAGAUCUGGCACUGCAAAUUUUCUUGAUGGUCGUGGAGCAUACGUCACUGGGGAGGUUGUCCUUCCGAGAGGUCUUAUUGAAAAGAGGAUGCAUACAUCUGUUGAAAUCAUUCAACAAUUGAAUUGGCACCAGAUUGACAAUAUAUUCGCAGGAUCACAAGCUCUGAACUGCCAGGCAGCUAAUGCUCUAGCCGCAAUAUUCAUCGCUACUGGACAGGAUCCAGCGUGCGUUGCUGAGUCUCACCUUUCGUUUACGCAAUUCAAGAAAACGACUGAAGGAGACCUGCAGAUGAUUUGCACGAUACCAUCUCUCAUGAUCGGCACCAUAGGAGGCGGCACGUCCCUCCCUAGUCAAAAGACUUGUCUUGAUAUAAUUGGUACUCAUGGAAUUGGAACGAUGCCGACAUUUGCUGAGGUGAUCAUGGGCGUCGUCAUGGGAGGAGAACUAUCGUUAAUCUCAGCAAUGGGGGCUCAGCAUUUCGCUUACGCACACAAGAAACACGCACGGGGGCCUACUGCGUCCUCAUAAACCACUUUUAUCUCUGAUGUCAUCUUAGACGAUUAGAAAUUAACAUUAUUUUCAGACAUAUUAAAUUACAUACCGGGGGUUGACGUGACGUGACUCGGUUAUGUCACUGAUAAGGUUGCCGUACCAGACAGACGUAAACAUCUCGUCAGUUAAUCUACUAAUUUUUAGGUCGUAUAGGCCUAUUAAUAAUGAUAACGAACAUAUACUAAUUUGGGCCUUUUUCAAUGAUUUAUGCGCGCGUCAAAUGCCAUUUAUGUACGUCGUUUGCUUUGCACACGCGUUACAAUGCACAAAUGGUGGUGCCCGUAGGCGGCCUAUUAUUCGUCGCUCAUGAUUCACUGAAUAUUUGCGUGUUCAAUAAAAACACAUUCCUAAAUUUAAUAAAAGCAAUUUUCUGAAUAUAGUUUUAGAGAUAUCACUGAGAAAUAGAAUAACUGCUAAAAUCACGUGAAAAUACAGUGAAUGAAGUUUAGUGCAAGAUGUUUAAGCUCAAUUAUAAAUUGGAGAACAUUACAUUUAUUUUGAAUAUUACGAGAUCAGAAAGCAUAUUAAGCCAGGUUUGUCUUUAAAGUAUACCUUGCGAUCGGCAACACGGAGAGGUUGCCAGAUUAUACUUAGUUAAGCAGCUUAGAUGUACAUAUUGUAAAUAGAAAUAUUCGAAUGUUCAAGAAGAGAAACUAUUUGUUCUGAAAAACGUAGUAUAUUGUUCCAAUUAAAUAUAGUCUGAUAAAGUCA